CCAACAAAUACCAUGCAUCAUCCCCUAUUUGUAUGUGUGUAUUAUAUCUAAAUCCUCACAAAGAUUCAAAGAAAUAGGUGAUAGAAAAGAAUUAAAGAGAAGCAAAUCACGUAAGAGUUGGAAAUGAAGGUGUUGAGGUCGAUGCAAGCUAUGUUGUUGAUAAUGAUGACGACGUUGGCAGGGGUAUUUAUGGAAGAAGUAAACGCACAAGGAAGCGGUGGUGUUGGUGGUGGUGGCUCAGCCUGCCUGAAUCAGCUAAUUCCUUGCCUGAACUACCUGAAUAAUCAAGGGCAGGGACAGCGACAGGAUCCCCCUGAUAGCUGUUGUGAUCCAUUGAAAUCGGUGAUAAAAUCCAAUCCAGAGUGCUUGUGUAGUAUGAUAAGCAAUCAAGGUACUAAAAAUGCUGAGAAUGCUGGUAUCAAUGUCACUAAGGCCCAAGAAUUACCAGCAAGAUGUGGUCAACGUGUCAACCCGAUUUCAUGCAUCACCUCCACCUCUAAGACUACUCCAGGUACAAGUGAUUCCCAAAGCUUGGGAAAUUCCAUGGUCUACUUAUUGUACCCGUUGAUGCUAAUUAUCGCAGCUGUAUAUGCUUGAUCCAUUUUAUUUUAUUUUUUUGUUGCAUGAUUAAGCCGAAUGUACACUUGAGUUGCCGCUUUGUUCUUUUUCUUCAUUUCAACUAGUAUUACCAACAGACAGUGUAUGGAAUUAUAAUGAGGUUAUGUACGUAAUUUAAUUGUGUUUGUGUGAAUUCCCAACAAAUACGAUGUGUU